AUGGAUCGCCUCCAUAGCAUCAACCCCUUCUCCAAGAGGGAGUCCCACAGCGCCAAUGCCAUCAUCACCUACAAGGUCCUCUCCAUCCUGACCUGGCUGCUGUCUCUCGUCGUCUCCGUCUACUACGUCCUGCACGAGCCCCACGAUGGCUUCACCAUCCGCCACCGCAUCUGGGACCAGAACUGGCUGUACCCCACCGGCUUCACCCUGAACCCGGUCAUUAUCGACGUCUACUGGGUCGUCCUGUUCGUCCUCCAGGCCGGCUACAUUGGCCACCUCUUCUCGGGCAACACCGACUACGUCAACGCGGCCUGCGCCGUCGGCAGCCACUUCAUCUUCAACAACCUCCUCCACUUCGCCUUCAUCAUGCUCUUUGUCCGCUCCCACUUUGCCUGGGCCGAGGUCAUUCUCGUUGUCAACUUCUUCAACCUGUCCUCCCUCUACUUCCGCCACAAUGCCUACCCGCGCUUCAUCCACACCCCGGCCGUCUCGGGCCCCCUCGCCUGGACCUUUGUCGCCAUCUACUGGAACGGAGCCAUCAUGGUGCCCCACCCGGCCUCGCUCGUCGCCCGCAUCUUUGCCAACAUCUUCAUCUGGGCCAUCCUCGUCUAUGGAGUCUUCUUCAUCGUUGUGUAUAAGGAUUACACGAUGGGCUUCUGGCUCAGCGUUCUGUCGGCGGCCCUUGGCGUUGCCCAGUUCCAGCGCCAGGUCAUUGCUCUGCAGUGGAUCUUUGCCUUUGUCAUCAUGGCCGUGCUCUUCGUCCUGACCGUCACCAUUGCCGUGCCCACCUGGAUGGGUCGCGAGGUCAACUUUGGCCGACGCCAGCAGCCUGCCGCCGACACGGAGCGCGCUCCCCUCCUCGGCGAGAACUAA